ACCGUUAUUAACUAAAAUCAAAUAAUAGUUUUUGAUGACAGUCUGUCCGCCAAUUUCAACAACAAUAAUAUCGUAUUUUUGAUAUUUUUACCUUUCGUUAAAGAUUCUAGAGAUAUGGCGAAUGCAUACGACUUCAUUCGUGCUGCGGCAUUGGUGAUAGGUUUAGGGUAUUCCGCCCAACAAGAUAGAAAAUCAUGGAUUUGGGGAGAUUCCGUGCUAUGGGGUGCCUAUGCGUUGGGUCUUUUCUUUUUUCCAGGAAUGUUGUUUCCAGGAAGUGAAAGUGCAAUGAUGUGUUACAUUACCCGGGUAUUUGCUUCAGUCCUCGUAGGAGUGGGAGCACUUUGGUACUUGACGAGAAAGACGAGAGAUGAAAAUGUGAUCGGGGUCAAUCUUUGGUCAAGACUUAUUAGUAGUUUGCUGCUAUUGACAUUUUUGAUAUACACAUACUUCCAGCAAGACAGCAAACUUACGGAGAAGACUAUGUAUUUUGACAUGUUGGCAUACGGGAUGUUGCUAAUGACAACGGUUUACCAGUUCUGGCGUGGAGAGUAUCGCGUUGGAGGUAGAGAACAGAAAGGCAAUCUCAGCAUGCUGUUCAGAAUGAUGUUCCUCUUAAUGUUUAUGGCAGGACUGUGUGACAUGACCUUCCCAUCCUGGGUCAUUCCAUUCAAGAAAUUGGCUCCCAUGGAGUCACUAGCAGUAAGGUGUACAGGUGCUCUGAUCUUUGGAUGCUCAUUCUUAGCGUUAUACGCACCCAGCUUCAGAUAUGAUGAUGACAAAAGCUCCCUCCUUCUAUCAACUCUUGUUACUAUGGUGUUUUACUUUAUCAGUUUAAACGUGGCCUACUUUAAGGACGAUCUAUUCAGCCAUCAGGAAACACUAAUCAUGCAUGCAGGAAUGCUACCGCUGGUUAUCCUGAUGCUCGGCUUGUAUAUUCUCUGGGGGAGAGACGCCGGGACACAGUCGGAAUAUAAUCUCAGAUCUAAAUCUAAUUGAAAUGUUUAUUUUGAAACUGUCAUGGUUUAAUACCUGAGUGCUCUUUUAAUGUCAAAACUAUUUUAUUUGAUAUUUGUGCGGUCAUAUAUUUUCUGUCUAUUUUUUUAAUCCAAUUGAACUGCUGAAUGAAAUUUGUUGUUAAUUUCCAUCAUAUGAGCUUUAAAAAAUUAUGCAAAUAACCACUGCCUCUUGUAGAUUUAGGGUCUGGGAGGAAUAUCAUUAUCCGACCUUCUUAAACAGUCUUCCUUUUUCUUUGAAUUGUAUUAUUGUUACAAAUUAUUGCGUUACAAUAUUUAAUAGCAAUCAGUUAUAUGAAACUAUAUACAUUUAAUCGUUAUUAAUUUUCUGUUUCAAUGGUGAUUCUUGCAUUCAUAACUUUUUUAGUGACGAAUUAAUUUCUUUUUAAUAUAAUCUUGGAGAAAGUUAAUCUCAUUUGUAAAAUUUUUCUUAUCAGUAGUUCCAAAGUUACCAUGGAGAUAGUUGGAAAAAUAAUUUUGGUAUUUUUGUUAAUGAUAGUCCAAAGAAAUUACAUGAGCAACCAGCAAUUAUCAAAGUAUUAUAUAGUGGAUUUAACUCAAUUACUCACUACAGUCUUGGAGCAGUACCUUCAGACACUUGCAGAAAUCAUUUUCAUAAAAUAGAAAAAUAUUGCUAUGAUCACAAAAUAGAAAAAUAUUGCUUUUUACACAGGUUUUUACAUUUUUCAUUCAUUAUAAAUCUGUGUGAACAGAUGCAUUUGACGUCUUAAAGUGCAUUUCGGUGGAGGAAAAGGCGAGAUUUUAGCAUUUAAUCGUUUAAGCUCUUUGAAUACAGCAUUAAGAGUGGUGCUCCAACACUUUAGUUACAUUGUAUUCUGGAAAAAUAAGUCAAAAGAGUAAGAUAACCCAAAGCUCUAGGUAAAAAGGCAGCAAGAUUUGAAAAUUCAGGUAAUUCAUCAAUCACUUGUAGUUAGAUAAUAUAUUUUGUUAGAAUGACCAUGAAAAAGUGGACAAUAUAAAAAUGUUGGUUUAUUUGCUAGUAUCGAUGUAUCACGUGUAUAAUUUGAAGUAUUUAAGAGAAUUUUAAACUGCUGUACAAAAAUCUUGAACUGCUUUUCACAAUGAUUGGGUUUUUAUAUAUUUUCUUGGAAAAUUAUCUUGUUAAUGGGUAUAAAACUUUAUCUCAUUAAAUAUUUCUCUAAAAGUUAUAAAGGGUAAAGUUAUGUUGUUUUCAAGAAGAAGAAAAAAAAAUGUAAACAAAGGACAUAUGAUAAAUUUAUUUUCAUAUACUUUAAUAUUUUAGUGCCAUUUUGUCAUAAAAGUACACAUGUAUAUAUUUCAAUAUGUCAAUGUCUUGCUUAAGUACAUGUAGGCCUUCAGGCAGAGUUGUAUGAGUUUUUUCAUGGAGCUUUUAGUAAAUUAAUUUAGGUUAAAGCAGCGUGCCUCUAGAUUUAUGCAAAUUUUCGUGAAAAUUUUAAAAUGUCUUUAAAAUAUUGUGAAGUGAACAAAGAAAAUAAUUUACACAUUGCAAACAGCAAUUGCAGUUGACGUAUAUUUACCAAAAAGAGGUCAAAAUAAGCAUAAAUGAACCUUUCUGAGUUAGUGAUAAAUACAAUUUUAGUCCAUAAUUGCACAAAACAAAGUUAUAACUUGGAUCUUAAAUCUUUACUUUUCUUAAAAUCAUUUUUGUCAUGUUUAAUUUUUCUUGAAAUAUUUUGGCUAUACGGUGGAAUGCUGCUUUUGAAGACAUUUUUAUCUGUACAUAGCCAUCAAUGUAUAAUUGUUACGUAUAGUAAGUUACUGUAAUGAUAAAUAACACACACGUGUGUAUUUUAUAUCAAUCUGACUAAAGUUAAGAUCUAUACGAGUUAUUUCUUGCAUAUAGAUCUGAUUACCACCAUAUUUGUUUCGCCUUCAUAGUGAUUCGGAUUUCACCAGAAAUCGUUUUUUUAGUCGUACAAUCAAAUCGUCCUUUACAUUAUAGGCAUUAGAUGAAGUAUCAAAAUAUCGUUGUCCGUGGAAGUAAACCAAAUUGUUGAUUUUUGUUAGAAAAAAAAAGGUUUGCAAAUAAACUGGAAAUUAUAGACUCAAUUUUCAAUAGGCAAGAUUGUUCUGUCGGCUAUAUGUACAACAAUGCCAUGUUUGUUCUCAAAAUCGUAAAAAUUAAAUACUCAGUAUUGGUUUUCCAGUGAUUAAAAUUAGAAACGGCAUUGCUUUCAAAGUUGUUAAAUAUCGCUGAUGAUAGGCUGUUGGAAAGGUCACAAGGUGACAAUUUUUUUGGUGGUUGUCAGAUCCUAAUGCAUUACUUUAAUCAGAUUAUAUGUUAUAUAUACAGUUCAUAUGUGUGUUAUGUAUAUGUGUUCAGUUAUGGUGAAAAUCAAAGAUUAUAUUCAGGUAUAUUUUGAGACAUUUUUAUAACUAAUACAAAGGCAGCAAUAAAUUACGCAAUUUUCUACAUUUUUUGUAAGUUUGAAUCACAUGUAAAUACAUACUUAAACAAUUGUAGAUUGUAGUUAGCUCCGUUCAUGUUUUGUGAAUGUAUUGUAACCAUUGUUUGAUACAUGUACAUGUUUUGUUUACCUUAUUUAUCAUGAUUAUAAACUAAGAGAAUAUAAGAUAGUUUACCCAACUACAUGGGGCAAACACUUUUUUUAGCCAUAUUUUUAUCCAAUGACAAAAUAAAUAUAAAUAGGCACCUUAUUAUUUUGAAAGAGCCAUAUGGAAUUUAAAUGACCUGUUAAUUUUUGGUAAAAGAUAAGCUACUAAAAUUUCAGAAAAGAAAGAAAAGGUACACCAUUUGAUAAAAACAAAGUAACAUGUUUCUCUGAGUUUAUGAUGGUGUUAUGUCUGAUACAUGUAUUGUAUAUUUAGAGCUUUUUGGGGGCAAUGUUCUGUUUUAGAAAGAGAUAAACUAUAGUGUGAGAUAGAGGCAAAAUGGUUGUAUCUCUGUAUGUCUUACGAGUUACGACGAUUUUACACUAACCCUUCUGAAUGAGGAAUUAAACCCCCUUUUUUAAUGGAUUUAAUUCAAUACAGGAUUGGAGCAGUACCUGUAGACGCUUGCAGAAAUCAUGAUCACAAAAUAGACAAAUAUCGUUUUUUUCGCCGAUUUUUACAUUUUUCAUUCAUUAUCUGACAUGAAUCGGUGUGAAAAGAUGAAUUAGACGUUUUAAAGCUCAUUCCGUUGGGUCAAAAAGCAAGAUUUUAGCAUUUUAUAGUUCAAGCGCCUUGUCCGGUAUAUACCGGAAUACGGUAUUUAGUGUGGUGCUCCAAUCCUUUUUUUAGUCACACUCUUUUUUAAUAAACAUUACUAUUGUAUAAAGUCUUAUCCUCUAUGUACUCCCAUUAUUGACGUUCGUGUAAUAAUAAAAA